AUGAGUCUGGCGCAGCCGGCCGCCCGCCUGCCGCCGCGGGCGACGUCCGCCGCGGGCUGCCGGGCCAGCUUUCUGCGCCCCGCUGGAAACACCCCGCCCCCGCCAACGCUCCCGCCCCUCCAGCCCGCUGCCCGCUCCGCACCCCGCCCUCCACCACCACCCAGCAGCGGGCCCGCGGCGUGGCCCCGGGCACGCCGCCUCUCAUUCUGCGCCCGACUUGCCUUUCCCGCUGUGCCGCGCCGCGCCGCGCAGAUCGAUAGCCGCGCGCCCAGUAAUCGCUCAGCCGGAGCAGCGCCGCCGCCGCGAACGACCGUCCGUCAUCCCUGCUCAGCUCUGCUCAGCAGGCCGCGACCGCAGCGGACUGCACGCGCCUCUCGCUCCGUCCUCUGCGCAGGCAGCACCGCGCCAGCAGCAGUGUUCUACGUUGGCCGUCCAUCAGCUACGUUUUUGCAUCAGCCGCUGACACAACAAAACUCGAGGAGGGCGAAAAAUUGUGAUUUCACGUCGUAA